ACUUCGCGCUUCGUCCUCUAGAUUAGUAUUAGUAGAUAUAUAAACACAUGUAGUUUCGCCUAAGUGAUACCACUCUUGCACUAAUUGUUGAGAGAAAGAAAAGGGUAGUAAAUAAAAAAGGUUGAAUAAUAGCAGAGAAUCGUGGGUAGAUGUUACUUACCACACUAUUUUAUCGACUGUUUCUCGUCAUUCGCAAUUUAGUGCUCAACCGCUCUAGACACUUAAUACUAGCUCAUUUAAAUUCGCUAAAAAGUUCGUUUUUACUUUAAAAAUGCCUAAAAGAAAGCGUUCUAAAGAAGUUGACGACGAUUUAGAGACUUUACUACGGAAAGUUAAAAAAUUAGAACGAAAAAUACGUCAUCGAAAAACCAGUGUUUCGGAUAGUGAUUCGGAAAUUUCUCCAGCUUGUGAAACAACGGUACGCAGUACCAUACAUCGACCAGAGUCCCCACAACCAAUUCUGGGUCCAGACGACUGGUUACCGGAAACUUCUUCAUGUCAGGGAUUUGUAGACGACGUCAGUGUUGUCGAAUCCGAUGAUGAGAACAUCACGGCAAAUGCGCCCCCAUCCCUGGUCACGGCGGCAGUUAAUGACCCGUCGACGUCGAAGAAGACGGUCACUGUGGCUGAAAAUGUACCCCCGGCAGAACCUACAGCAUUGGACGAGGACAUUUUGGAAAUCUUAGGAGAAGACCCAUUUACCGAGAUUAAGUACGCGAGCGACAUUCGUACAGAACUAGCUAGUCGCCUCAAACAUACAGCUCAAGAAGGCCUGAAAAAAGACGAUAGAAAAUCGUUACUCGCAAAGUACCCGGUUCCUGCCAAUUGUUUACAUAUCAGCGCCCCUCAGGUUAACCCCGAGAUUAAGGCCGCUAUCCCAGAAUCCGCACAAAAACGUGACAAGGGCAUUGAAGCUAAACAAAAACAAAUGGCAUGUGCCAUUUCAUGCCUCAGUGAUGUGAUCAACACACAAAUUAACUCAAAGGACAAAAAUAAUGAAAUGCUCCAAAAACUUAUGGACCUAAGCCGCAUACUCUGCGAUAUUCAACACGGCGAUUCAGCGACAAGGAGGAAUUUCAUACUAUCAGUACUUAAAAAAGAUAUGAAGGAGCAUCUCUCCAAUACGAAAAUUGACACCUUUUUAUUUGGCGAAAAUCUGUUGGAAACUAUUAAGUCUGCUAAGGCUGUGACAAAAUCGGGUGUCGAACUAAAACUUGAUGUAGCAGGCGCUAAAAAUACAGCAAAAAGGACGAACACAUCUGCUCCAAAAUCUUUAAACCGCAAGGCUCCGGCGUCGGCACGCAGGCCACCAGGCGCGAAUUACCGGAGCCGCGAGCCUGCAGCUCCGCGAGCGCACCCGGCUACCUACUACCGCAUGCCGUGGCAGCCUCCGGUCCCGCCGCACGCGCCGCCGCCGCCGCCCCCGCCGCCGCACCCAGCGCCGGCAGCUCCACCAGCGCCACAACGACGCCGCUACUAGACACACUCUCGGAUACUGCCGUCCCUUACCCUGGCUGCAGGAGUGUUAUCAGGGCGGCAUUAUCAAG